CAUUUUUCCAAUCCCAUGUGCAGCACUUUCAAGAAGAAGGCUCCAAAGGCCAUAAAGGAAAUCAGGAAGUUUGCCCAAAAGGCCAUGGGAGUGACUGACGUCAGGGUGGAUGUUAAGCUUAACAAGCAUGUCUGGAGCCGUGGGAUUAGGAGUGUGCCAAGGAGAGUUCGUGUCCGCAUUGCCCGUAAGAGAAAUGACGAAGAAGACGCAAAGGAGGAAUUCUUCUCACUAGUCACUGUUGCAGAGAUCCCUCCAGAGGGCUUAAAGGGACUGGGCACCAAGGUCAUUGAGGAAGAAGAUUAAACUAGCCUACUUCCCUAGAUCAUAGUUAGGUUGCUCCAAUUUUGGCUACACUUGUUUCAGAGAUUUUUUUUUUUGUUUGGCUUUGGAUUUUCUUGGGACCAUCUCCAGUGGAGAGAGAAGCAUUAUGGAAUUUUAUUUGAUCUAUUUAUUCACCCAGUUCAAGUUAUCGGUCUUUCAAUGAGAACUUAUAAAUUGUGUUAUGAUGUGAAACAUAGUUUAUGUUAUAUUCCCAUGGCCUCUGCUUCUGAAUUUGUAGCCAAAUGCAAAUGCUGUAUUACUGUGA